AUGACUGUGAAGCAAUUCUCAGUGGAGUAUGACAGAGUGAAGGACCAAGGCACCUACUCCCCAGGGGACAUUCUUUCUGGAAAAGUAACUGUGGUAACCACCAAGGAGAUCAAAGUGCAGAGCUUUUUGGUCCGAGCUAAGGGAAAGGCUAAGGUGACUUGGUAUGAGCAAGAAGGACAAAACUCUGUUGUUCGGAGCAACAAGAAGAAGUACUUCUAUUUUGAGCAUAUCAUUCUUCAGGAUAAAAACAAGGGAGAUGGUUCAGAAAUCAUGGGUGCUGGGAUUAAUGUUUUUCCAUUCAGCUUUGUGAUUCCAAGCAGAGACAUGCCCUCAUCUUAUAAAGGCAAAAGUGGUGAGAUCACAUAUAGUUUGCGGGCUCAUUUGACUCAAUCGAUUUGGCUUGUACACAAAACCAAGACUGAGUUUCCCUUUCUAACCAGCUCUGAGUUUCCUUUUGCCUCCAAAUCAGAAAUGAUAAUCAUUGGCCUGAAGGAGCAACAGCAUGCAACCAGGAUUUCGUUUUGUGGCUCUGGGAAGGUUACUAUGAAUGUGACCUCUGAAAAAAUGGGCUUAAAGCAAGGAGAGGCAAUGGGAGUCUUUGUGGAGGUACUCAAUGAGUCUGGACACUCUGUAACACCAAAGUUCUACCUGUGUGAGAAGCUAACCUUUGUGGCCCAUUCAAAGAAGAAAGUGGAAACAAAGGUCAUCUUGUUCGGGAUAGGAGACGCUGUUCCAGCUGAGAGCAGUCACACUGUAACCAAAGUAUUGAUCAUCCCUCCACACCUUCCUGCUACCUUCUUCAACUGCAGCAUGAUGAAUCUGGAGUACAGAAUCAAGAUCACUCUUGGCGUCCCUUUGCUGAGAGACGCCGAAAUUAAACUUCCUCUGGUCAUCCUCCAGGGUUCGCCAAAACCUCUUCAACAAAAACCAAAACGAUCCAUCUGGUUCAGAAAACUUCCUGAUUAAAAGAAAAUUCACGAGCAAGAACAAAAGGGUAUAAAUACGUACAUUACUUUCAGAUAGUAGUGCAGGGUUUAUGGCCAUGUAUGGAGCUAUUGACAUUUUUGUAACUGCAUUUACAUUACUUACAAGAAUGAUUUCUGUUGCUGUCUAAACUUGAAAUGCUGUUCAACACUGUAGUGUGCAUGUCCACUAGAUGGAGAUGUCAGCCAUAGUAAAGUAGUGGUAGUACGGUAUGUUUAACUUAAAUGAUUUUGUUGAAAAUCUAGACCUGUU